UAGAAGCUGCCAAGAGUGCUGCUCCAAUUCCAGAGCCAUCAUUAGAAUACUCAACAACAAUUGUAUCAGAUGCUUCAUCUCCCAACAACUCCUUCGGUGAUGCCAGAAAUACCAGCAGUAGAAAGACGCGCUCCCCGAGUAGCAACGAUAUCACAAACUUCAACUACAAUCUUCCUUUGCACAAACAGAAGACAUGUUAAGGAUACUGAGGUUGUGCACUUGAAAAGAAAUGUAUCAAGCUUGAUUCAGAGACCUAUCAAAAUAUCACAAAAAUGCAAGGAUCCAAACCUCUUAAAACUACAAGUGUGGUCAUUCAACUGGUCAACCGUAGCACAGUUAACCCAUGCAAGUGUGCUUGAGGAUGUACUUAUCCAUGUAGACAAGCUGAUUUUUCCUACAAAUUUCUACAUCCUGGACAUGAAAGAUGAUGAAGGAAAGAGUUUGACCACUAUUAUCUUGGGAAGAUCGUUCAUGAUGACAGUACAUACCCAAAUAGAUGUGCAUGCAUGA